AUGACGUCACGCGGCGUCACUUUGGACACGUUUAUGGAGGAGUUUGCUCAAUUAGAGCAGAAAAUCAUAGAGGUCCAUGGUAAGAGCAACAUGCUGGAGGUGAAGCUGGACGACGCAAACAGACUCGUCAAAUUCUACCUGAGCAAAGAGAAGAGUCUCACUGAAGAGCGAGACGUCCUUCUGUCCACCGUCAACCGGCUUCAGCAGAGUCUGCAGGAGCAGUGCAACCUCAGAGUGGAGAACGAGAGAGUGAAGGAGGACAUGGUCGACCUGAAGAGACGCAGUGACAGAAGAGUGGAGGACAGAGAGGCUGAGGUUCAACGGCUGCUCACUGAAAAGGCCACAGAGACAGACAGACACCAGAGGGCGCUAGAGGCUGUGAGACAGCAGAGCAGGAGGGAGGUGGAGCUCGCUCACAGGGACUGUUUCAGUCAGUUGGAGGCCAAAGACACUGAGCUGAAGAAGCUGCUGCAGGAGAAGAACGUGGAGUUUGGUGCAAAGUUAGCCAGAGUUCAGAGUUCAGCUCAGAUCAACCAGCAGCAGCAUCAGGGCUCCAGUGUGAUGCUUCCACAGAGCGUCUUCAGGAGGAAGCUUCAGUUCAUGCAGGAGGAGAAGAACAGAGAGAUCACGUCUCUGCGUCAGAGAAUCAAAGAGCUGGAAGAGAAGCAGCGAAUCAGCAGCAGCAUCAGCAUCAGUGACAACCGUCUGAAGAGGAGAAAGGUCUAG